CAAACCGAGCGGAUCUAACCUACUUAUCCGUCCCGAAGCAGCAGCCUGUCGGUCAGCUGUCUGUCAGCCGGUCCGGACCGUCGGUGUGUCUGUGGGUCGGAACCAUCCCGGUCCGGUCCGGUCGGUGUGUGUAUGUGUGUGUGUGGAGCUGACCCGGUUUCUUCUCCGUGCUGUGGACCGGGAGAGCCGCUCUCUCUCCGCACCAACAUUUUCUUUAAUGACCGGAUUUGUGUUUUGCUGCGCGAUGUACAUGGACAGAAGCAGCCUGACCAGGGGUCCCUCCUCCUCCUCCAGUCCCAGUUUGCUGACUAAGAGUCUCUCUCUGGAGCCGUCCUGCUCUCCGUGCGGCCACCAGGACGCGCUGGACGCUGACGCUCCCCAGCAGCUGAGCUCCGACCCGGGGCCCAGCUCUUUGUCAUCAGACCACGCCUCCCUGGAAGGAGGGGCGGGGCUAACAGAGCGCCGCAGCUCUGCUAAUGGGCUACUGCUGGUCAACGACACGGGGCCGCCGGAGUUGCCAGCUACCACAAUAACACCACCGAGCAAGAGCAGACCGCCGCUGCCCGGACCAAAACCUCAGGUCCCCCCGAAGCCCCCCCACCUCCAGCAGCAGGCGGGGGUGUCGAGGGCACGCCCCCGGGUUCCAGACAAGCCCCUCCCCCCUCCCCCGCCCUGCAGGCCCCUCCCGGCGGACCCCCGGGGGGGCCGGACACCGCCUAGCCGUGCCGAUGACACCGCCUCCCCAACCUGUGUUCUGUCACUCAUCGAGAAGUUUGAGCGCGAGCAGAUCAUCGUGGUUCCUGACAUCACCGGGGGGGCUCUGUGUCCCCGCCUCCCCGACCCCUCCUCCUCCCGACCUUCAUCACCACCAUCAUCAUCAUCCUCGUCCGCCCCUCCGCCGCCCUCCGAGGAGCCACCUGCCAAGAAGCCUCCCGCCGAGGAGCCUCCGCCGCCCUCACAGCACAAAGGUCAUGAUGACAUCACACUGGGGGGCGAGGAGGAGGAGGGAGACGGUGACCUACAGGAUGACGAUGAUGAUGAUGAUGAUGAUGAUGAUGAUGAAGAGCUGGCGGCGGCGUGUCGUGACGAACUCCAUCAGAAGCGUCUCUCCAUGGAGUCGGGUUACAGCGCCUCAGAGAAACACCUGGAGGACGACGUUGUUGCCGUGGAGAUGAGGGAGCAGCAACAGCAGCAGCCGCCGCCGAUCGACCAAUCAGAGCUCCCGUCGGAGCGUCUGUCCCUUCCCUCCUCGCAGACGGAGGGGAAGCUGGCCAAUCGGGACAGCGGCAUCGACAGCAUCAGCUCGCCGUCGCACAGCGAGGAGCUCUGCUUCGCCGGCGUGGACGACGGGGGCGUGGCUUACCCCUGCAGCCCCGCCCUCCUGCCCCGCCUCUCCAGCUCGUCCUCCUACGCGGGGGAGGGGGAAGAGGGGGAGGCACGGGGUGGCGCCAGGAGGAGGAGGGAGUUCUCUGAGGAGGGAGACAGCGACCUGGAGGAGGAGGAGGCCGAGCUGACGUUGGUGCUGCCCCCCCCCAAGACAGACAGACAGGACUCUGUAGAGCUGUCUGUGCAGCAGAGGGUCUUCAACAUUGCCAACGAGCUGCUGCACACAGAGAUCGCCUACGUCUCGAAGCUCCACCUCCUGGACCAGGUUUUCUGUGCCCGACUCCUGGAGGAGGCUCGGUCUCGCUCCUCCUUCCCCUGCGACGUCGUUCAGGGAAUCUUCUCCAACAUCUGCUCCAUCUACUGUUUCCACCAGCAGUUCCUGCUGCCGGCGCUGCAGAAACGGAUGGAGGAGUGGGACUCGAACCCGCGGAUCGGGGACAUCCUGCAGAAGCUGGCUCCCUUCCUGAAGAUGUACGGCGAGUACGUGAAGAACUUUGACCGAUCCAUGGAGCUGGUGAACAUCUGGAUGGAGAGAUCGACACAGUUCAAGACUAUUGUCCAGGAGAUCCAGAGGGAGGAGCGCUGUGGGAACUUGACUCUGCAGCAUCACAUGUUGGAGCCGGUUCAGAGGAUUCCUCGCUACGAGCUGCUGCUCAAAGAUUAUCUGCACCGACUGCCAGAGGACGCCCCGGACCGCAGGGACGCCCUGAAGUCUCUGGAGCUGAUCGCCACAGCAGCAGAACACUCCAACGCCGCCAUCAGCAAGAUGGAGCGCAUGAGGAAGUUGCUGAAGGUGUACGAGUUGUUGGGAGGAGAAGAAGACAUUGUUAACCCGACAAACGAGCUCAUUAAAGAAGGACACAUCCUCAAACUGUCCAACAAGAACGGCACCACGCAGGACAGAUACCUCAUACUGUUUAAUGACAGGUUGCUGUACUGCGUCCCGAAGCUUCGUCUGAUUGGUCAGAAGUACGGCGUCCGUGCUCGCAUCGAUGUGGACGGGAUGGAGCUGAAGGAGACCAGCAGUGUUGCAGUUCCCAGGACGUUCCUGGUAUCUGGAAAACAGAGAUCCCUGGAGCUGCAGGCCAGGACGGAGGAGGAGAAGAAAGACUGGAUACAGGCCAUCCAGGCGACCAUCCAGAGACACGAGCAGACGGUGGACAGCUUCAGACAUCUCAACUGUUCACUACGAGACGACGAGUCCACGCCACCGCACUCCCCGAGCUGUGUGGAGCUGGGAAAACGAGCUCCGACUCCGAUCAGAGAGAAGGAAGUCACUCUGUGUAUGAAAUGUCAGGAGCCGUUCAACUCCAUCACUAAGAGACGGCACCACUGCAAAGCCUGCGGACACGUGGUUUGUGGGAAAUGUUCAGAGUUUCGUGCUCGUCUUUCGUAUGACAACAACCGCACCAACCGAGUUUGUAUCGACUGCUACGCCAUGCUGGUGGGGGCGUCGCCCUCUCCUGCCUUGCUGAGCAGCAGCACCCAGCGGAGGCGCUCCAUCCUGGAGAAACAGGCCUCCCUAGCAGCAGAGCACAGUGUGAUUUGUAGUUUUCUUCACCACAUGGAGAAAGGAGGCGGCCGGGGCUGGCAGAAGGCCUGGUUCGUCAUCCCCGAGAAUGAGCCGCUGGUGCUCUACAUCUACGGAGCUCCACAGGACGUGAAGGCGCAGCGCAGCGUGCCUCUGAUUGGCUUCGAGGUGUCCCUCCCUGAGUCAUGUGACCGCCUGGAGCGACGCCACGCCUUCAAGAUCUCCCAGAGUCAUCUGACCUUGUACUUCAGCGCAGACGGCGAGGAGCUGCAGCGGCGAUGGAUAGACAUACUGCUGCGGGCCGGGAGGGGGGAGGAGCCUCAGGUCCACCGGCCAAUCGUGGAGAGUGUGGAGGAGGAGGGGGAGGAGCUGGCGGCAGCGGAGGGCGAGAACACGUGAUUCUAUUGGACGAGGAAGAAGUCCCGUUUGGAAACCGUUACAAAACCAGUAGCUGAUAUUUAACACACACACACACACACACACACACACACACACACACACACACACACACACACACACACACACACACACACACUGCAUGAUGGCAUCUCUUCUUUUUCACCUUUUUUGUGACGCAGUGAUGUGGGCGGAGCCUCUUCUCCCACAGUAAAUUCUCACAGGAAACACGAAAACCGCUGUGUUUUUUCUGCCCUCAGUUUGGUCUCAAACACUACAGUACCCAUAAGCCUCAGCUGUUUGUCCAUCAGCAGUGAGAAGCUCUCUGAUUGGACGGUUUUCCUGGAACAUGAUGCACAUUCAUCAGCUGCUUUUAUAAACUUGUUCGUCAUCGUGUCCAUUGAUCAGGUGUUCAGAAGGUCGACUUGUGUUUGAGUGGUUAAAUCUGCAACUUGUUUUCCACUUGAAUAUAAAUGUGAACUGUCUGAGAACACUGCGCUGCCGAAAGCAUCAACACCUGCAGGAGUCAGACGACUCCGAGAAGGUUCAAUAACAAAACAGACAGAUUUAAAUCUCCAGUUAUUAUUACUGAUAUGUUCUGACUUCCACGACGGUGCAAGGAUAUUCAUUUAUCUCAGAAUAAAUAUAAACCCCAGAAAAUAAAUCCUGUAUUCAGAGACUGGACUGAGAUACAGAACCUGAAACACAACAGAAAGGGACAAAGACGGGCGAAUUCACAAAGACGGAUUGCGGCCGCUGAUUGCUCCAUAAAUUUAGAAAUAUUUUGAAACGCUCUCUGCCCCGUCUCAAGAUCCGAUUACUUAUUACCUAAUUUAAAUAUGUGCAAAUAGCACAAGUCACUAAGAUGCUAUUUACUGAGCAGUGCAGUUCGGAGUGCGUUCCAUCCUUUGAGGAUUUCACUUUUUGCGCGGGUUUAGAGUUACGCCUGCACAAUCCUUUUGUGAGUUUUCCUCUGCGUGUCGUCCAAUUAAUGUCCCUGUGAAUCACACUCUUGUUCUGCACCUCACGUUUUACUUCCAACGACAACGUUUAGAUGCAGGAGGCAGAGACUGGGUGGUGGACAGACGCGUCACAGAGCUGCUCAGCGUAACCACAGCCACCGUCUGGCACAUGUCGUCUCUCAGUCACCAGCCUGCUGUGAUUUAGUAAACUAAAAAUUAGAAUUUUUAAAAACGAGAGCGUUGGACGUAAAUCAUCUUCUAAUCUCAGUUUUGUUAUGUGAUCUGGACCCGGACAGAUCCAGGUCCAAGUUCUGGUCUCUGAUACUGAUGAAAAACAACCGUUUAUUAAUCUCACACGAGAGGAACGGAAUAAACAAGCACACACAAACACACUUUGGAGUGAAGGAGUGGGUCUUCUCCCGGACAUGAAGCAGAAGAGAUUAAAGAAGAGAUGUUUCCCUGUUUUUAAAAGAUGAUGUUUCGGGAUUCCUGAAACAUGUCAGCAGAUAUAAACUGUUGAAAGGAGGAAACGCUGUGAGAUUUUUAAAACACAAAAGAAGAAAAAGACUCUUUAAAUGCUCUUAAAAGACAUUUACAUUUUUAACCCCAAAUUUCCCCUGAAGAAGAAACUCCUGUUUGUUUUGCUUUUGAAACUUCACUGCUGCUGUCUGACCUCCCAACCAGCCAAUCAAAUUACCUGUCUGGAGGUAAACUACAUUUCCCAGCAGCCUCGGCUCCAAGGGGCUGAAGCCUCUCUGCCGUCUGCUGGUGAAGUUGGGUAAUGCAGUUUUCUUUUCAAUCACUGAGGCGGUUCAUUGCGGUCCUGAAGAAAUCUCACUUUAACAUUCACAGAUCAUCAGUUUAUAAACUGAUGACUAAAAUAUUUAUUUCUUUAUCAAAUGUUCUUGUUUCGUUCUCAGAGUUCAAACCAACCUUUCAGAAACACAAAAAGUUUCAGUUCACAAAAAUAUGAAUCGAGAACUGAAAAAGUAAAGAAAAAAGAAAAUGUUGGACUUCCUGUCUCAAAAUUGUGAUUGUUUUAGUUUCUCAUUAUUUUGAGCAAACCUUUGGAAACUGUGAACCAUUAUUUUUUUCAUCUAUUAAUCUGCCGAUUUAUUUUCUCGAUUGUUUAUUCAGAAAAAUGUCAAGUGACGUCUUUAAAUGUCAGUCAAAGAUAUUUAAUUUGAUAUAAAACAGAGUGAAGCAGGAAAUAUUUCAGAACAUUUUCUGACAUUUUUGCAUGAAGAAAUUAUUAAUCGAUUAUUAAAAAUAGUUGGCAAUAAACUAAUCGAUUAGUCAACUAAUCGCUGCAGCUCUACCUGAUUUACAAAGUCAAAUGAUCAUUCAGUUUUGUAUCAUUUUUAUCAGUAUUUUUGAUGUUUUUAAUGUUUGUUUCGGGCUUCCGUACGAGGUCUGAAAUGUGAAACAUCGUUAAGGUCACCGGUAGAGCUGAAGUUAUUAGUUGACAGAUCGAUUAGUUCACUGACAGACAAAUUAAUCAGCUAAAACUGAUAAUUGAUGAAAGAUUUAGUUCAGUGGUAAACAGGAAAUGGUUUUAUAUCUCAGUAAACGGAAUUUUGUGUUUUAGGACGAAACUACUUUUGGACGUCACUUUGGACUCUGAGACACUGUGAGACGUUUCUAUUGCUAAAAGAUAAAUAACUGAGUGAUUGUUAGUUUCUGAUCCACUGUGAGAUACGAGGCCUCUGCAGGACACUGAUGAUCUCAGUCCCAGAUGAUGAUGAUGAUGAUGGUGGUGGUGAAGGUUUUGUUUUUUAAAGUUGGAUGUAAAAAGUUUAAAAAAGAGUUUUUUAAGACUGACAGAGACAUGAAGAGGAACCAGACUGGACCGUGAACCUUCAUGUUGUCAGAUGGACUCGUGGUGUCUGUUUCCUGGAUGUUGGGAAUGAAUCCAGCGAUUCGAACUGAACCCAAAAGAAAAGACUUUAGUUGUUUUUAUCAUGUUCGCUUCCAGUGGUCCAGUAUUUCUCUCUCUGUCUCUAUAAACACCUUUUGGACAAAGUGUUUUGAUAGUGAAAAUAUUAUUAAUAUUAUUAUUGUUAUUCUGAUGCUAUGAUAAAGUGAACAGACUUAUUGUUGGAUAUUUCGGUGUUUAUGAGUCUGGGUUGUGUUUGAUGUUUGCUUGAUGCAAGUUGAUGCAAGAAGAAAACAAAGAGUAAAGAUUUUGUAAAUAUAAUUUAUUCUCCUAUGACCUCCUCGGUCAUGUGACUAUGUAAAGGUUAAAGGUUAAAGCUCGCUGUCACUCCACACAGCCAGAGCCACGCAGAGUGUUUGGGUUUCAGCGGCGGCCAUGUUGGCUCCAGAGUUGAGAUUAACGGCUAACAGGGUGAAGCUAAAAGGAAAAAUCCGACAUUUAACUAAAUCCUCUCGUUCUCUGUCAGAUGUUUCAGAUGGAUAUCAGUUUUCCCUGCUUCCAGUUUUGGUGCUAAGCUAGGCUAACAGGUCCCGCCUUCUUUCCUUCUUGGUGCUAAGCUAGGCUAACAGGUUCCCCCUUCUUCCAGUCUUUGUGCUUAGCUAGGCUAACAGUUUUACCCUGCUUCCAGUCUUGGUGUUAAACUAGGCUAACAGGUCCUCCCUUCUUUCCUUCUUGGUGCUAAACUAGGCUAACAGGUUCCCCCUUCUUCCAGUCUUUGUGCUAAGCUAGGCUAACAGUUUCCCCCUGCUUCCAGUUUUCGUGUUAAGCUAGGCUAGCAGUUUCCCUCUGCUUUCAGUAUUUGUGCUAAACUAGGCUAGCCGUUUCACCCUGCUUCCAAUCUUUGUGCUUAGCUAGGGUAGCAGUUUCCCGUUCCUUCCAUUCCUUGUGCUAAGCUAGGCUAGCAGUUUCACACUGCUUCUAGUAUUUGUGCUAAGCUAGGCUAUAAACUUCCCCCUACUUCCAGUCUUGGUGCUAAGCUAGGCUAGCAGUUUCCUUCUGCUACCAUUCUUUGUGCUUAGCUAGGCUAGCAGUUUAGGGUAACCAUGUCCUCGAGACAAAAAGAUGAACCUCAGAGUUACAAAAUGAUUUAAUAACUGGAUUUGUACAAACGUUGAACUCUUCCUUUAACUUCACAGCUCUGUCACUAACAUGGUGCUCAGUGUGAUGGCUCUGGUUGUCACAGUGUAUUUUUAGCGUGUUUAUGGCGUGUAAAGCAGACUCCAGUGGUGUGUUCUCUCCUCCCUCUCUGGGAAUGGAAGGAAUUGGCCAGUAACUCAGCCUUAGUUCCCGUCAUCACCAGUUGUCUCGAUGUGGUGAAAAAUGUUUAAAAUCUCAAUCUGAGUGACUUGUGUGGAGCAGUUGUUGAUAAUUUUGUUUUAUUUCAUUUCUGUUCUAAUUACUACUUUUGCAGGCUGGUUCUGACCGGUUCUGACCAGUGUUUGUAUGAUACAGUUGAACAGUGUGUCGUAUACGUCCAGUGUGCACUUUCUCUUCAUGUGCCAAUAUUCAAAACUAUACAGUAUUCAGUGAAGUUGUUGGUUUAUAUAUCAGAUUAUGUUUAUAAGUAUUUCUUGUUGUUUCUUUGGGCUGGAUACCAGUUUAUAGCGAGUUACAUUCUCUUACACCAGUUUGAGCCAGCUAUAACUAGAGAUGAAGAUAAUUAAAAUAUUACAGAAAUUAGAUUUUUUUAUGGGUGAAGAAUUAACAGAUUUCUAAAUAUAAAACCUACUUGAGAUGUUUGCGGAGAAGUGAGAGCCCGCUAUUGCAAGCUAGCUUGGAGGUUAUCUCCCAAAAUGACUCAAACUUUUAAAUAUUAAUAAAUAUUAAAUAAUUUAAAUAAACAGAGGCAGUGUAUAUUACGUUCAACAAGUUUGGACUCCCAAGAACAUGAAUAAUAUGAAGCUUGUUGUGUUGAGAAAGCAGCCUCAGUUUCCCAGCAAGCUAACAAUUACUGCAGAGGACUGCUCUUUAGUACAAAGACAAAUUAUUCUGAAACCCCAAUAAUUUGAAAAUGUCCUAUUUGACCAAAUGCCCAAAGUCCAACUACUAAAGCCCACGAUUUAAGUUAUUUCACAGAAUAGCAGAUAAAGUUGAAUAUUAGUGGAAAUGUUUCACAAAGCCUUAUAAUUGACAUUAUGUUAGUACGUUAUCUGUUAAAUUAAGCAAUACGCUAACGGAGUCUGUAAAGUUGUAAGCCCUGAACUCCAACUCCAGAGUGUGUAUUUGCGGGAUAACGGGCCGUCGCAGGGUUUCGGAAAAAUUGGCCUUCGGACCAAUGGGCAGUCCCGUCAAACUUUACCAAAGUUAGAUGACGCAUGAAUUUACUUUGUCUUUGUGUGAAUCUGCUAAUCUAGCCAUUCCAUUGAAAUGAAUUAUUUAGCUCUGAGCUUUGGCUGUUUUAAAUGCUGAGGCCAGUCAGAAAAAACUUUUUAUUACUUUUCAUUUAAAUGUCAUUGAAAAAACUCGACCUCCUCGUCUGUAGUUAUUACUGCCUGUUAGCAGAGCCAGUUAGUGCCGGUUUUAACCAGUAAAAUCAAGUUUAAUUGGUUUAUUUACAGCCAGUUUGAACCAGAUAGAGCUGAUGGUCCGCUGUAACCCAGUGCAGCAAGUUGUAGUUCCCGAAGCUGGUUAGCACCGGUUCUAGCUGGUUCUAUCCGGUCAGAGCUGGUUCUGUCACACUGGACUGUCGUCAGUAUUUUGCCUUACAGUUUCUGAAUUUUAUUGAACUUUUGCUUGUGCCAAAUCAGACGACUCGAUCUGUGCAACAGUUACAGUCUGUGGUUGUGUAUUUAUUUGUAAUUUUUAAUCCAAACUGUUAUUAUUAUGUUAUUUUAUUUUCAACUUCCUGUCCUGAUCCUGAUAUCUCAGUGGUUUUCAGGAUCUGUUACCUUUUCAAACUGUCUCUGAAUCCUCCUCACCAGACGGUCACAAUGUUAUGGGCUGCUGUUACCAUGGAGACCGUCAGGAUUUUCAUUCGCCGAGAUGAAACAUAAAAAACAAACCAAAUAAUGUUGAUCAAUGUCUGUAAACAGAUUCAUGAUACGGAGCUCUUUUACAGCCAAUCAGAAGAGGACGGGGCAGUGAUGUCAUUGAACAUCAUCACUUCUUAACUCCGACGCGUUGCUAUAGUAACUGCUGGAGUUUCUGGAGCAGCAUUUUACUACGGUAACCAACCAGGCUCCCAACGCUUGUUCAUUCCACAGUGCUACCAUAGCAACCACUGGACUCUGGUUACCAUGACAACAAGAUCAUCUCUCUCUCCGGGUGUAACAGCAGCAUGGUUGUGUAUUCUUCUUCUUCCUGUUGUACUUCUGGUAUCUUGUUAUUAUUGAGUAUUGAUUGAUUGAUUGAUUGAUUGAUUGCAGGUUAUUGGUUAGUGGCCGGCCACUGCCUUCCACCCUGUCUGUUUCCCAUCAUGCCCUUCUGUAUGAGAAAAUACGAUGAGAAAUGUUUAUUAUGAGGUUAUAAAUGAAAUAAAAACAUGAAAACUGA